AUGUCACUGUUCAACCAAACUAUUCAUAACCAUCAGACCUUUACCCUGAUUGGGAUUCCAGGAAUGCCAGAGAAAGACUUCUGGAUGGCCUUGCCCCUCUGCCUUCUUUACAGUACCACAUUCCUAGGUAAUUUCAUUAUCCUUGUUGUCAUAAAGGUUGAACGAAGUCUCCAUGAACCCAUGUAUUAUUUUCUGGCUAUGCUAGCUGCCACUGACCUUAGCCUUUCAUUAUCUUCCAUGCCCACCAUGAUAAGUGUUCACUUGUUUGACUGGCGCUCAGUAACCCUCGAUGUCUGCAUCACUCAGAUGUUCUUUAUCCACAACUUUGGAGGAGUGGAAUCAGGUGUUCUGGUCGCCAUGGCAUUUGAUCGCUUUGUGGCUAUUCGCUUCCCUUUGCGGUAUGCUACCAUUCUCACUCAUGGAGUCAUCAUCAAAAUUGGAGCAGCAGUCCUGCUACGAAGUGUGAGUGUAGUGCUCCCUGUGCCUUUCCUCAUCAAAAGGCUACCUUUCUGCCGCUCCAAUGUCCUUUCCCACGCAUACUGCCUCCAUCAGGAUGCCAUGAGGCUUGCCUGUGCUGACACCCGUGUCAAUAGCAUCUAUGGUCUGCUGGCUGUGAUCUUCACCAUUGUACUAGAUGCCUUGAUCCUUUUGAUUUCUUACUUUCUAAUCCUCCAGGAAGUACUGGGCAUUGCUUCCAGAGAAGAGAGACUUAAGGCUCUUAAUACCUGCUUCUCUCAUAUCUGUGCAGUACUGCUCUUCUAUGUACCUCUCAUUGGCAUGACUCUGAUUCACCGCUUUGGGAAGCAUUUGUCACCAAUAAUACACACACUUAUGGCCAAUAUCUACCUGCUGCUCCCUCCUCUGCUCAAUCCUGUUGUGUACAGUGUUAGGACCAAGCAGAUCCGGCAGCGGAUUGUCCGAGCAUUCUGUGGGAACAAGAUUGGCCAUUAA